UGCAGCAACCAACUCAAACCUCUUUACACAAUGAGCUUCUCAUGUUGACUGAAUACAACAGUAGGUAGGGGGAAGUGACCCAGCUAAGCCUGGCAGGACAGGACAGAGCUUACUCUAUGGUUUUAACCCCUUCAUAAAUGAAUUAAGCAUGGUGGUUAUAUGAGGCUGGUUGUCCCAUCGUCCACCCAUAUUCCCUUCUGCACUUGAUGAAAGCUGUGAUGCCAGAGCUUUCACAGUUCCAAGAAGUUUGCUGCAGCCUAUGAACAUCUGCUCUGAACUUUGCUUUCAUUUAGGUGUUAGGCAAAAAAAUUUUUCUUUUCACCUAGACCUUAUAAAAUUAUUUCAGAAAUCAUGAAUUUUUGACAUCUCUCAUUGCUAAUUGUGCUUUGAUCUGCUGUAUGUUUUGUUUAUAUUGUUUAUCAUUAUUGAACUUGUUUUUAAUGUUUAUGAACCAAUUGGAAAUUAUUGACAAAAGGUUGCUUAUAAAUAUCAGUCAGUCAACCAUAGGUCACACCAAAACAUAGAAACUUUUCGAAUAAAUAAAAGACACACGUAGAAUGGGCCAAUGGCACAAGGUGAGAGGGUUUAGCUCACAUCCCCAUGUGUCAUGACCCUGAUCUAAUUUGGGCUCCUCCACUUUGAUCUUUUGAAAACAAAACUCAGAAGAUCCAAUCACAACUCUUGCUGUCACAUUUAAUUUGGCCCUUGCUCCAGGGUCUUACCUGUUCAAUUGUCUAAGAAUCCUCUUUGCGCUGUUACGCUGGAGGCAGGCAUCAUUUGUCCUAGGAAACUUUUACUGGCACUGCUUCAAAAUGGACUUGCAGCAUCUGAAUGGUUGACUGGGGGCUCAUCCACACUUCCCCAUGUCCUGCUGCUUUUCUCCAAGGAAAACUGCUCUUUAGUGCUCAAUCAGAGCAAACAGCAAUUCAGGUUUUCCCCAGAUUGCCAUUUGUUCUGACCUAUCACUAAAGAGCUGGUUUUCCCUUGGAAAGAAGUGGAAAAUUGCCGAGACCUGAGCUUUCUAGGCCCAAGACAAACAGAAGGAUGGACGAGCCCUUUGAUGCACAAGCAAGAUGCAAAACUGAAUGAGCUGGAUUCAGCUGAAUAGCCAGCACACCAGGUCCCACUAGUGUAAUAAGGGCUUUCCUCCCUUCCCUUCCUUUCAACAUCCUCACACCAGCUCUGCAGGAUCUGAAGAACCCCCGAAACAGCACAGGGAAGGGAGAGAUGGUUUGACAACUGGCUCAAAGAAUGACCACCUUAGCAUGGUGUUGAAUUCCACUCAAUGUGUCACAUACAAGUCUGGAGAAGAGCAAUCCUGGGAUCCUUGGAUGAAGGACGGAUAUGAAUUUAAUAAAUAAUAGUAAUAAUAAUAACAUCAAGGCUUGGCCCCCUUCAGCAAGUUGCCCGCUCUGAACUGGGUUGCUAUGUGGCUUCUCACAGGAAGAAAUGCAGAUGUGAAAUGUGUAUAACUUGCUCUCUGGUGGUAGAAUGGAUCGACCGGGUGAGAGCUUUGGCUGAGCCUGGUCCAAGCAGCCCAAGUCCAUUUUGCAAAUGUGCACCUUCUGAGCUAGACAGACAGAGAAUGGCUUCAGCCACCCACACUGUAAGAGGCAGCCUUGAUGCUGCUCAGGCAGAGGGAGGUGAGAUUGUUAUCUUGAUGCAGAUCACAUGGGGACUUGCAGAGCACAGGAUGAGGAGGGGAGGAAAUCAGCCAGACAGUGAAGUGGUGAAGGCAGGAUGGGGUGAGAAGCUAGCAGGAAGCCAAGGUAACUGGGCAGGUGGCUCUGUGCUGUGGUGGAAGGGGAACUGGUUAUUGGGUGGGGGUUGCAGAAUGAGGGGUGAGGAAGAGAAGUAACAGAAUUGGGACAGGGAGAUGUACUCUGCACCCCUUUGUUGCAGCAGAUCUUGCCGUUGAUUGGGCAGAUACAUAUGAAAAUAAAACAUUUUUUUUAAAAUGCAUUAUUCAGGAGAGGCACUCUUCCACUGUAGCACAACAAAGGCAGGGCAAAAAACCAGAAAAUUUGUGGUGCAAAAGACUUGCAUAACUACUGAUUAAAUUUCAGCAGGAAGCUAUGGGGCAUGCACUGAUUGGAAAGGAAGCAGUAUGUUGCCCCCGAAACUUUUGCAGGUGGAAACAGUAUUGAAAAGGGGAUUGUGUACAACUGCCCUGAUACCAUCAGGAGCACAAAGAAACACUGAUGCACAACAAAAAGUAUAUCCAGAGAGCCCAGGAAAGCACAACUGAGACUGAACGAAAUCCUGCACAAAUAUGCCCUAAAAGAUUUUGCUCUGCAGGUGUUUCUCAGCCAGGAUUUCCCUUCGGUGGUUUUUUGAUGAACUUGUGCCAGACGAACCUGCUGCCCCAGUUCCUGUGGGUCCCAUAUUCUCACCCUCUGGACACCUCUGCAGUAUUAAACCCGGGCUGUGGAGCUAGCUGCCUAGAACAAAGCAGUGCCCAUAGCAGGGAGGAGGGUAGGAAAUGAAAGGUUGGUCCUCUCUAUGGGAUGCACAGCAAUCCCAGCCCAGAGCAAUCUCUGCUCCAAGGCUGGCACCAUGCAAGGGGUUGGGCAGGAUGGCUUCCCAGUGCACAAGGGAUGUGGUAGGACAGGUUCUGUGGGUCAGGGCAGAGCCGGUUGCUCAAGAGGCAAGCCCCACAGUGCCCCACCCAUGGCUCUUUGGAGCUAGGCCACAGUCUGUGAGGUUUGGCAAAGCACAGCGAACCUUCUCUCUACGGUUUCAGACAAGGCAGAUGGGCUUCUGUUGAUACUCCACUGUCCUCUCCCAGGUUCUGCAAGCCUCAAGGAGCUUAGCUUGCAAGUUACAAUUAGCAACUCUGCGCGGUGCAAUCUCUUUCAUCACAGGAAGUGUCUGGGUAUGAGAAUGACAGUGUGGGAUGCAGUUGGGCUUGCCAUCUUAUUUUCUGUUCCUGUUGUUAAAGGCGCAGGAGCCUUGCUAGAAAAAUGUCCGUGACUGAAACACAGCCGGUGCAGGGCAGCAUCUCUCAGGACCAGAAACCUCUCAGUUGCGCUCCAUGAAUGGACAGGGAUGGAAUUUGACUGCGGUAACCCUGCUGCAACAUCCACCUGCCACUAAAAAGGACUGUUCCUUGGUGGGGAAAGACUACCUUCUGGGUUUCAGGAGGAGAAAAGUGCAUCUUUCAAUUGCCCUGAGAAGCAUAGCUAUCAACUUACAGAUUUGAAAAUAAGGGACCAGCAGCCUCGAAAAUAAGGGAUCAGCAGCCAAAAUAAGGGAUUUUCCGGGCACAGAUGGAGGCUCCCCAGAAACACAGGUCCGGAACAGAUACGCCAUCCUUGUUGAGGUCCUACAGGUGGCAGACAGUUCUACAGAACGGGGAGAAGGAACCGGAGUUGAACCAUGCGACAUGGGGCAGCAGCAGCCGCAGGGACAAGUUACAGAAAUGGAGGCGAGUACAAAGCCAGCCAGAGACCGAGCUUUCUGAAUCUAGCCAUGAGCAUCCACAAGCACCAGUGGCCCCCCAAGACAGCAGAGCUGCUGCUAAGAGGUCCGUCUUCCAGAGGGCUUUCUCCACUCCAGCCAAAGUGCCCAAGGCCCAGGAGAGAAGCAGUAAGAUGAGUUUAAGGAAGUACUUGCGCUCUGUGUCCCAUCGAAGGAACCAGGAGGGGACCCUCCGAUCGGAAAGGGAGACUAAGGAAGCGAGCAAAGGUGAUGAUUCUACUGUCCAGUUGACCCAACUGACCUCGGCUGUGCCAACGGAUGCAACCAUCUGGGAUAUGGCCAAUGUGUCGCUGGUGGAUCGACAGCUAAUGGUCUUGGGCAGAGAUGAGGAGGGUCUGCUCCAGAAUGGGAAACGAGCCAGUUCUGCUUCAGAGUCAAGUUUACUAUACCCGCCAGGUACCCAGAGGGACAAUGAAAUGCUCAUUGAGGGAAGAAGCUUCUUAGACUCACAGACUCCCGAAAAAAGACCCUGCCAAGAGACUUCCUCCGGCUCGCAGCUCAGCAACGUGAAGGGGCUGCUAUGGAAACGCAUCAAGGACCGGAAAGGACGGCUCCAGGCCAAGGCUGACUCCUCUACUGGACUUGUUGCUAAUGGUAACAGGGAGACCCUUCCUGGCCCGACUGUUCUCAUGGACUUGGGCAACGAAAAGGAUGCCUUGAUCCGCCCACUUCACAACAGCCUUCUGGGAGAGCGGUACUGCUUUGAGGUGCUGAGCACUGCGGGGCGCCGCUGCUUCAGCUGUGGCUCUGCUGCCGAGAGGACCCGCUGGAUGGAUGACUUGCGCCGGCUUGUCCAGCCCAGUAUGGACAACUGCGAGCGGAUCGAACGCAUGCUGAGCCUCUGGGUGUACGAAGCUCGCGACCUGGUUCCCAAGAAGCGCUACCUGGGCGAGGUGCGACUGGAUGGGGUCCUCUACGCUCGCACCACAACCAAGCCAGCCAGCCCCGCUGGAACCAUCUUCUGGGGGGAGCACUUUGACCUGAAGACUCUUCCGCCAGCAGUGGAGCUGCAGGUCUGCCUGGUGCAGGAGGAGGACGGGCAGCAGCGGGCAAAGGGCAGCCCGGUUGCUGGCAUGGCCGUUCCCCUGAAGGAGUUGGCUGCGGUCCGCCAGCCUUUGGAAAGGUGGUACCCCUUGGGCAGAGACAGGCCCAACACGCCCGCCCUACGGCUACGUGGACGCUACUGCAACAUCCGAGUGCUGCCCAUCGUGCAAUACAAGGAGUUUGCUGAGUAUCUCACCUUCCACUAUCGGGAGCUGUGUGCCGGACUAGAGCACAGCCUUAACGCCCGGGACAAGGAGGAGCUGACCGGGGUGCUGGUUCGCGUCCUGCAAAGCACAGGGAAAGCCAAGGACUUUCUCAUUGACUUGGGUGUGUCAGAGCUGGACCGUUUCGAUGAGCGCGAAGCACUGAUUUUCCGUGAAAAUACACUCGCCACCAAAGCCAUCGAUGAAUACAUGAAGCUGGUGGGAGGCCCUUACCUGCUGUCCACACUGAGUGAUAUAGUCGCCCAGCCAUACACUUUAGAGGACAGCUGUGAAGUGGAUCCCAGCAAAUGUGCGCCGUGUGACCUGGCUGACAACCGCAGCAACCUGCAGCACAUCUGUGAAGAGAUCUUCCGGAGGAUUGCUGUUUCUAGCCACUCCUUUCCAGCUGAGCUCAGCGAGGUCUUCACUGCCUGGCAGGAGGCAUGCCAGCUGAGGGGCAAAGCCAGCAUCGGUCAGCGCCUCAUCUCUGCCUCCUUGUUCUUGCGCUUCCUCUGCCCGGCCAUCAUGUCGCCCAGCCUCUUCGGCCUCACUCAAGAGUACCCGGAUGACACCACCUCCCGCACCCUCACUCUGGCGGCUAAGGUUAUCCAGAACCUGGCAAACUUUACCACGUUUGGAGAAAAGGAGGCGUACAUGAGCUUCAUGAAUGAGUUUCUGGAGCGCAACUGGGGCACCAUGAAGUCAUUCCUCUGCAGCGUCUCCAGCCCUGGCAGUGCCAUCCACUUGCCUGCUUAUGACGACUGCAUUGACCUGGCCCUGGAAUUGUCCAUCCUGCAUUCCCUGCUCUGCAACAUCUUUUCUACCCUGGAAGAGCGGACCAAAGACAGACUGGAGCCUCUGCCCACAAUCCUCCGUGCUAUACAAGAGGGGACACCGGUUCCUGUCAUCGUUCGACUUGGGCCCAGUGCAGAGGACAGACAGGCGGAAAACCAGAAGCCGGGUUUUGUGCCCCCACGGGAGCUGGGCAAGCACAGUCCUCUGAUCAAGAGCCAGUCCAUGACCAGCAUUCAGAAAGGCCGAGGGAAGGAAGAGCCGCUGGCCCCUUUGCACCCGGUCAGAACCAGGACCAAAGUGCAGCGCACCCAGAGCGUCCCGACUCAGAACAAGGCAGCCCGACGUCUCCAGAAGCAGAGGAGCACCGAGCACGUGGCCGAGAGCAGGGAGAGCAGCCCUCGACUUUGUACUUCCCUUGCACAUGGCAGCAGCAAAGCAUCUCAGGGGUAUCCGAAGCUCCACCCAUCUGCCUCGCUGCCCCGGAAGCCCACUGUGCCUUGGCUGAGGCACUCUGAAGAAGCAGCUGCCCAGCAAAGCAGCCUCUAUGCCAUGCAGCCCCUGGAACAGUAUGGGAAGCAGAUGGAAGAGCUACAGAUGGAGCUGACCACAGCGAGGGAGAAACAACAACUCUUCGAAGAGCAGCUGGAAAGACUGACGACCCAGAACCAAAUGCUGCUAGAGGAGCAGGCCAAGUUUCAGGAGCGGGAAGAGGCUCUCUGCAAGAGGCUGGAGGAGACCGAGAGCUGCCUUGUGCAGCUAAGCAUGAGGGUGACUAGUGUAGAGACCAGCUGGAAGAAGGAUCACGAGAAGCUUCGAGCUAGUGAGGAGAAGAGCAAGAAUCUGGAGCGCCGCCUGUCUGGGAUGGAGAGGGACCACGACCAGCUCCUCCGUGCCGUCGGUCAGAUGCUGGGAUAUGCAGGCAAACCGUCCAAUGCACAACAGAAGCCCCUCUCAGGGCCAGUGUGGGUGGACAGGGCUGAGAAUGGGGACGAGACCUAGCCCGCUUCCCUUUGCGUCCGAAAAUGCAAAGCUGGCGCAUCUCCGUAGUGGAAACUCUCCUCUCCCAGGACAGCCCUGGAAGUCUCCCCAAGGGGGACCUUCCUGCACAUCACUCUGGUGGAUCCUUCAGCUGGAGCCCACAGGGAGCUUUGCUACAACCUCCCGUGCCUUCCUCUUGGCUUUGUUUCCAGCGCUACGCAGCCAUCGCCACCCUUUCAUCCCCGCCUGAGACGGCAUCCAUUCCACAAGCCCCGGUCUGCUUUCUGGCUACAGCUUUCAUCUGCAAUGGCUGCUUUCCCUUCUCUUCUGAGAUGAACCGUUUCUCCUCCCAUCCGAUUUGCCCCCCAGUAUUUUCAUAUCACAAGGGACGCAGGUGGUGCUGUGGGUUAAACCACUGAGCCUAGAAUUUGCCGAUCAGAAGGUCGGCGGUUCGAAUCCCCGCAACGGGGUGAGCUCCCAUUGCUCGGUCCCUGCUCCUGUCAACCUAGCAGUUUGAAAGCACACCAGUGCAAGUAGAUAAAUAGGUACCGCUCCGGCGGGAAGGUAAAC